AUGCCGAAGUCGGCCUUAUAUUCGCGCUCUAUCCCUCGGGCGCUGCACCUACAGCCAUCGAGCGCGGUGGGCCGCAGCUUCGCAUCUUCGCCGCAGCAACCUCUCGCGCAACCACGGCCCGGAAUCCUCAACGAACCCUGGCUACCAACGCCCUCGUCAGCGCCUCUGCCAGAUACAUAUUUCUCACCAAGUGGAGUCCGCAAGGAGAUUGAUCGGCUAUGCGGAAAUCCCGGGAAUCAUGACCACAAACCUCCAGAUGAGAGGGUACUGAAACUAGGAAAAACUCUCCGAACCCUAUCUCCACUUCUCCCUACUAUUCUCUACAAUACUCUCCCUUCAAACAUUCUUGCUCCGAGUGUCAAUCUCCACCUCUUUCCUUCGACACACCCGCACCUCCCCACCGUAAAGGGACGCACCCUGUACCGCGCUGCACUUUGGACUGUGCCAGUAGCAUGGAGUAGUGUCCCACUUCUAGGGAACGUCAAGCUUCAGAUCCUGAGCGAGCGAAUCGUACGCACAGGCACAAUUCUAUGUCCUGAGCAUGAAGAUCAGCAUGACUGCGGCGAUGAGCGAUUAGUGGUAAGGUGGAGGACAGAGCCGAGAACAGAAAGCCGCCCAUUUCACGAAAAGAGAGUUACCGGCGCUGCACAACUGAGCUCAGUAUCGCAAGGGACAUCAACUCAGAGCCAUCUGUCGCAAUCGACAGUGGGCAAUAAUAGAGGACUUAGUGUUCUUCUUGGCGGUGAUGAGCCCAUCUUCAAGCUUUCGAAGGAGGAACAGUUCACUGGGCUGUUUAUAUUCUCCUUUGAUGACGAGGGCCGCAUCUUGACGCAUACUAUUGAGCAUGCAAAUGAUGCGGAUGGGUGGGAUCGUACUUCUAAGUUUGUUACUCUGGCCGAUUGGCUGAUUGGCAAGGCGCGUGAAUCGCUUGAUCCGGCGCCUAAUGCUGGACUUGCUAUGCAUUCGUGCCAAGAUUCCUCAUUGCCGGCUGAUCAUACUCGUCAACGUUAUUGA